AUGGUGGAAGCUGCGAUCAAGGUUGCGGCUAAAAAUGAUGGGAUGCCUCAAGUUCCAAACUUAGCUCCAAUAGUUGAGACUGCGGUCCCAACUCCGUCUCCUCGGGACAACACUGUUCUUUUCUCUACCAACGUUGCUCUAGCUCCUGCCUCUGCCGACGUUUUGCCUACCCCUCAGGGCGAUGCUUCUACUGUUCACACCGACAUAGUGCCUUCUUCUUGUAGUGCCGAAUCUUUCUUUGUCAAUAUUGAUGAGCUUUUUUGUGACAUUGGAGUGUAUCAUUCCUCGGUCCAAGGUUCCAAAACCUGA